ACAUACACAUGCGAUUGUUAAGUUUUCUCUUUUCUCGCAUGUUAUUACUUUUUCUUCAAAAAACUAAUUUAAGUCAUAACUAAUAAUCGAACUUAAAUGGCUGAGAGUUCCGUUGAAUUAGGUUUUGUCGAGAAGAGAGCAUCAUGGAAACUUAAAAGUAAAUUCUUUCCUAGCAAAGUCGGUGGAUUUCCAUCAUGGUUGAGAUUAAAUCCACUGCCUAAUCAUGAAGAUUUGAUCUGCAAAGCUUGUAAGAAACACUUCGUGUUUCUUAUGCAAGUUUAUGCUCCUAUACUAGAAAAUGAACAUUCAUUUCAUCGCACUAUUUAUAUCUUUAUGUGUCCUAAUGCAAAAUGCAAUAAAAAAUUCUCGCAUGACAACUUCGUAAUUUUCCGUAGCCAACUUCCAAGGAAAAAUGAAUUUUAUUCUUUUGAACCUCCCGAGGAAAUUGAAAAAUUAUCAUCUUCGCCUUCUGCCGAAGACUAUCAAGAUAUAUGCGAGAUUUGCGGUUGUUUCGCGUCCUUAAGGUGUGAUAAAUGCUCGAAUAAAAAAUAUUGUUCAGAGGACCACAAGAAAAAUGAUUGGGAAUGGAAUCAUAAAGAUGUUUGUGAAAAUGACGAAAAAGACAUUGGUAAAAAGCGUCAAAAGAAAUUGAAGAAUUAUUUCCUACUGCCUGAAUUUGAGCUUGUUACUGAAAUUGAACAGUUACCACCAGAAGCUCCAGAAAAGAGUGAUGAAGAAAAAAUGAAAGAAUACCGCCAAUUUAUGCAAUCAGCUAAAGCUCCUAAAGAUCUGCAAGAUACUCAGUUAGAUGAUCUUGACUCUUUGAUGAAAAAACAUGAUAAAACUUUUAAUAAAUUCCAAAAGAGAAUCAAGCUUGAACCAGAACAGGUUUUACGUUAUCAAAGGAAAGGAGUACCUUUAUGGGUUUCCUCAGAGAAUAUACCUUCAAAUUCAGAUAUUCCUCCUUGCUGUUGUGGAGCAAAACGUGAUUUUGAAUUCCAGGUGAUGCCACAACUGCUGAAUUAUUUGUCACUAGAUCAAGUUGAAGAAAGUAUAGACUGGGGAACGUUACUUAUUUAUACAUGUUCUAAAAGCUGCCAAUAUGGAACUGAUGGCUAUUGUAAAGAAUUUUUGUGGAAACAAGAUUUCUCUGAUUCAAAGGAAUAAACUUUAAAAAAUAUCUUUUCUAAUUCUGAUUUCUAACGUAAUUGCAGAAACUGACGAGAGUAAAAAAUGUGAAAGUUUUAAAACUUGAUUAAUGGGCAGUGAUGAAUAUGUCAUAUAAAUUGUGGUCAGAAAAUCUAGAUUUUCAAGUUAAAUAGCUAAAAAGUAUAAGAAAGAAAAAACACAUUGCAUUAAACUUUAAGGAGACAUAAAUUAAUUUUACUAGUUUGAUAAUA